AUGACGAGUAGCAGCGGCAGUAAAUUCAUGGCUCCUGCCUCCGUUGUCACCCCUCAGAAGUCGACUUCUCCACGCGAUGGACUUGCUGCCAUCCAACCUCGACGCCUCUCUGGAAGCUCUCCUUCUACUAGCAAGCAGCAACAACAGGGCCCAGAGCAACAGCCAAAGAGGGUCUUUCGUUGUCUCUCCAACACUCGUGGGAAUCACCAUGGCUUUUCUCCCAUUUCCCCCGAUCGCAGGUCUCACACACCGUCACGACACCAACAGCAGCAACUCCAGCAACAGAGCUCGCUCAAGCACAUGUUCCAGCCUCCUACUCCCAACAGCCGCAAGAAGCCCAGUUCACCACGAGAAGAACGAAAGCGAGAAGUGACUGCGAGAGUCCAAGGCAGUCGUCUGGAUCGCUCCACUCUCUAUCAUGUUCCGCUAAGACGCAGUCGACCUACUCGAGCCUCUACUUCGACUACUGCUACUAGCAAUGAGAGUGAUGUGUCCCAGAACAAGAAGAUCCACUUCCAACCGAUUGUCGCCGUGGUGGCCAUUCCUUCUCAUCGUGAGUAUUCCUCCAACACCAAGAAGACCUUGUGGGGAAGCAUGAAGGAGAUCAAAACCAACGCCGUUCGAAACACUGCCGAGUUCAUUCACGAUCGGUGCAAUUGGCGCAAGGCCACCGAAGAGCAAGACAUGUACCGAGACUCGCGCAAUGGCGUCUUGAUUCAUCCCGUUCAUGUCCAACGCUACUAUGCUGCCUUGCAGGCUCACGAAGAAAAGAAGAAGCAAAAGGAACAGGAGCAGCAGGAAGAGGAGAGCGAGAAUCAAGCGACAGAGGAGGAGGAACCCAGUCGAAGCAGCCGCAAGCGUGCUCGUUGCUGCAGUCCUUCCCCCAUUCGUCGUGCCCGAUCGGCCCGCAAUCCGGACUAUGAACACCACGAAGCCAAGCGCCGUAGAUUGCACAUUCAUGUUCCGGUGCCUUGCCGACCCGUGUACUAUUGUUGCGAGCAACAGCAACACUAUCCCUAUGGCCAUAUGCAGCAACAAGAAAACAUGGGAUACUACCACCAACAAUACCCGGUCAACCACUACGAGUACGGAGGCCCCAUGUACCCCAUGCCGUUUCCUCAUCAUCCCAGCCGGAACUGCCCUACCACAGAAAUGGCUUGA